UUAUGAAUCAAUUCCUUUUAAUAGUAGCUCUAAGUUUGAUAUCAGUAAAUUGUUAUUUCGGACUUGAAGAAGUAGAAGUAACUCUUAUAUCUGAUAAAAAAAUAUCAUUCAAUGGAGUCAUCACUAUUGUACCACAUACAGAAAAUGUAGUCAUUUGGCUUUGCAAUAAAAAUAAAUUAAGUAUGUUAUUUAUGAUAUCAAGACUUAUUACAUUUAAUGAAUGGUUCUGAAAUAGUAAAGAAGCUGUAUUUUUUGAAUGAUUAUAAGGGAUUCAUAGUGAG